AUGGUAGUCGUUGACUAUACAAUCCACGAUCGGCUCCGUCGUAAUAACCACGAUCCAAAUGGUGAUAAAAGCCAACAAUUAUUGUUAGAUGAUGAUGCCGUUGUCGAUUUCGCCAUAGCAAACUUUUGUCCUCGACUACGUGAAGCCAUAAGCGCUCUUUCACGGCAUAAAGUUGGUCCAUUACAACAACGCGUGCAUUUAUCAGAUUUUCAAAGUUCUACUUUAUCUUCUUUACCAACAGAUGAUCUGAGUUCUAAUACACUAUCUUCUCGCAACGACAAGUUUGUCCUUUCCUUACCAUAUUUAUAUGAAGAAAAUUCACCAGUAUCCAGUCAUAAUUUUAUGGUACGGUGGUCUAUAAUAGCACAGUGUGGCCGUCCAGAUAAGGCUCCUGAAGUUAUUUUACUGGAAACAGAUAAUUCAUCCCUAAAUUUGGGAUACGGUGAGGGAACAUUACGUAGAACACAACAACGUCGUCAGUAUCAAACUAAUCAAAUUAUUCAAGAACGUUAUUGGCAACAAUAUGUGGCCAGUGAUGCAUUUUACAUACAGUGUUUAACUAAAUGGGACAAAAUGAAUAAUAACAGUUCAACUCUAAUGCAAUACUGUUUAUUAGCAGAUCAAUUAUAUGAAUGUUAUGCAAAUUUCCAGCUUUACAAACUCAAGAUUUCAUUAAAAUCUACACCAUCAAUGUUACAACCACCUCCACAAUUAGUUCUAGCAUAUACUCAAUACAAACAACUAACUAAACUGUCUAAAUUAAACAUAGCAGAAUUAGGUAAUGUAACAACUGAUAUCAAUGUCGAGAUUUUUGUUGAUUUGGAAAAUGGCAUUAAUAAUUAUGAUGACCGCCGUAAUCAAAUAACUUCUUCUGCUACAGUGCGCAUGCGUGCUAUAAUUAGUAUAGUUUCAUCAGAACAAACAGUAUCAGCUACACCGUUAACUACUGAGGCUACUGAAUGUAACAAUGAAAACAAAAUAUUACAAUUGGCUUCAGUAACUGGAAUCUUUCUACCAAGUAGUAAUAAAAAUACUACCAAACCAAGUGAUAACAAUGCUACUUUAAAUAAAAAAUAUGUAGUAAGAAUUUUAAGUUCAAAAUUAUGCCGUUCGACUCCACAAGGAUCCAUGAUGUCACUUAUGUUAAAUGCUAUAACAGAUCAAUGUUUAGACACAACAAUGAUAGAUUUUGUAACAUAUGUUCGCCGAGUGCAACAGGCUGCCGUUCAAUCUUAUAACUAUGACAGCAGUAAUAGUCAUAAAGAUAAACCUUCAUCUGAUGUCAGUGAUAAUUAUUCAAUGAAAUUAUUACUUGAAGCUCUUAACGAAGCAUUUUGUGAUAACCCUUCUAAUGGCAAUUGUUUAUUAGAUUAUCAAAUAGACAAUGAUGAAACAUCUACUAAGAAUACCACAAGUUUUAUUCGAUUUUUGUUGAUUGAUGGAGAUGUAGUCACUGAAACUACACAACUUAAAUACAUAUUAACUAUUGAAUACAAUAAAAAACUCUACGAAAAAUUACAAAGUUCAUCAGAUUUGGAAAAUACUAAUCAAUUUUAUUCUAAAGAAUCAGUUCCUAUUAUAACAUUACGUUCUGUUUAUGAUGAUGAAAGUAGCGAUAAUUACUUGAAUAUUGAUAUCGAUGAUAUUAUUGAAACUGAUAAAAACCCUGUUAAAUAUAAUAGUGAGUUAGCCAAAAUUAUUAAAAUUGUUACCAUAAAUGGCAUGCGAAAAUUGCGUAAAGAUGUGUUAACACCAGUGUUGAAUCGAUAUAAUAAAGAAUGGACACCUACUGAUCCAUAUUUUUUGGCUUCUUCAAGUACGCCACCCCCGUAUCCUGCAAUACUAUAGAAUGCAAGCUAAUAAAUGUUAAUCUCAUAUUUAUUAUUAUUAUUUUUUUUUUUUUAUAUAGAAGUUUAUGAAACUUUUUGUUAUGGUUAAGUUUUGAGUUCAAUUUAAUGGGUAAGAAACUAAUUAAAAACAAAUUUUAUUUUGUGCUAAGAUAAUAUUAUGUUUCUGUGUGUGUGUUAUUCAAUGUAAUGUAGUUGUCAAAUAAUGAAAUUAUUUUUUAUUUGUCCUAUAUUUGUUCAUGAACUUAUACAAGACUUUAUAAAAAAAUUACUCAUUUAU